AUGGGCAAGAAGCGCGUCCUCGUCUCCUAUGGCGUCGACAUUGAUGCCGUUGCCGGCUGGCUAGGCAGCUACGGCGGCGAGGACUCCACAAACGACAUCGCCCGCGGCAUGUUCGCCGGCACCCUAGGUGUCCGCCGCCUCCUCAAACUCUUCACAAAGUACAACAUUCGCAGCACGUGGUUCAUCCCCGGGCACUCCCUCGAGACCUUUCCCGAAGAGUGUGCGAUGAUCCGCGACGACCCGCUGGGCCACGAGAUCGGCCUGCACGGCUACUCGCACGAGAACCCCGUCGACAUGUCUCUCGAACAGCAAAGCGAUGUGUUGGCCAAGACUUACUCCAUGCUAAGUGAGUUUUGUGGCAAGCCGCCGAGGGGCAGCGUAGCUCCCUGGUGGGAGGUAAGUCGGGAGGCGACGGACUUGUUGCUAUCGUAUGGGAUCGAGUACGACCACAGCAUGAGCCAUCACGACUGUCAAGCCUACUACUUACGGACGGGUGACGAGUGGACGAAGAUCGACUACAAGAAGAAGGCAGAGGAGUGGAUGAAACCCUUGAUCAAAGGCCGCCCAACGGGAUUAGUUGAAAUCCCCGCAAGCUGGUAUAUCGACGACCUGCCACCCAUGAUGUUCAUCAAGAAAGCACCCAACUCACACGGGUGGGUGAAUCCGCGUGAUGUCGAGCAGCUAUGGAUGGAUCACUUCGACUACUUCUACCGCGAAUACGACGAAUUCAUCUUUCCGAUGACUAUUCACCCGGAUGUUAGCGGCCGGCCGCAUGUGCUGCUCAUGCAUGAGAGGAUUAUUGAGCAUAUCAACAAGCAUGAGGGCGUGGAGUGGGUCACCAUGGCUGAGAUGUGCGACGACUUCAAGUCGAAGACGAAGCCGGAGGAGGGCGCGCUGAUGCCGAAGGCUAGGGAAGACGCAGCGAAGUCCUAG